GGCGGUUUGAGUGCAGACCGCAGGGCAGUAACAGAAGGCGUCUUCCCCAGAGUCACUAUAGAAGUCCAGGACACAACUAUUUGGGACAGCUGUGAACUACACGCGCUUACAUUCUGAGCUCGGUGUGAACAUGCGGGGCAAGUUGUAUUGCGAAGUCAAAAACUUUCUCUGAACUACUUGAAACUUUUUUCCAAGGCGUUUUGCAUCGGACCGUUCCCAAGUUUUUAACUCCAGGACCCCUCCGGAUCCAAGGACCGACCAAUCUGAGCUGGAACUUAGAAGUAAACAUCGUCGACAGUGUCUCGAGCUUGCAUGGAGUCAGUUCUGGGUGCCUUCUGAGUUAGAUGCGCCAGGCGAGUGUGAAACAGAGAGAAUCCCGUGAUCUGGUGAUCAGUAGCGACACCAACCAUGGGCAGCAAGACUCUUCCAGCCCCGGUUCCCCUCCACCCCUCCCUGCAGCUCGCCAACUACUCCUUUCUCCAGACCUCCAAUGGCUUCCAGCUACCCACGGACCAAGUCCCUGGCAUCUAUAGCUUCAGCGCCCUGCAUGCCGUCCACCUCCAUCAGUGGACCCUGGGCUACCCUCCCUUUGCUCUUCCCCGCUGCACUUUCUCCAAGCUCCCAGCCCUGAUGGACGGCCGCUUCCCAGGCAUACCUUCCAUCCCCAUCUUUCCCCACCUGGUCCAGUCAAAGGACGCCGCAGCUACCGCCAUGGCCGACGCCGCAGCUACCGCCAUGGGUCUCUUCCAGGGCUCCAAGAACAAGCCUCAGCCACGCUUCGACUUUGCCAACUUGGCUGCUGCAGCCACCCAGGAAGACCCACUGAAGGCAGAGGACUUGAGCAUAAUGGGGGCAGUCGCCACCACUUCCCCUCGCCAUGGUGGGCUAGGCUGUCUCAUGGACAUAGCCAAGCUGUCAUCGCCCGAGCGCAAGCCCAGCCGCGGCCGCCUGCCCUCCAAGACCAAGAAGGAGUUUGUGUGCAAGUUCUGCGGCCGCCACUUCACCAAGUCUUACAACCUGCUUAUCCACGAGCGGACGCACACGGACGAGAGGCCGUACACCUGCGACAUCUGCCACAAGGCCUUCCGGAGGCAGGACCACCUCCGAGACCAUAGGUACAUCCAUUCCAAGGAGAAACCUUUCAAGUGCCAGGAGUGUGGAAAGGGAUUUUGUCAGUCCAGAACUCUAGCCGUCCAUAAAACGUUGCACAUGCAGGUCAAGGAACUAAAGCCAUCCAAGAUGAAGUGAUAUCAAUAACUAAAAAAGAGGAAUAGGGGACACUGGAAAGAAUAAAAGCAAAUACAUUUUUUUAAAGCAAAUUUAGUCAUUUAGCAGAUGCUCAUAUCCAGAGUGAUUUACAGGAGCAAUUAGGUUUAAGUGCCUUGCUCAAGGGCACAUCAACAGAUCUUUAACAUAGAACAUCUCUGAACUUGAACUGAACUGAAGUGUUCUGACUGAAAAAGUGAAAUGUUCACCAACAUCUUGAGCUCAUCGUGGGGAACGAUUCUUCACAGAUAUUUGAAAAUCCUGGAUCUCUAUGAUGUAUCCAGACAAUUUCCAGGAGCACCUUGGACUAUAAACUAAGUUGUUUUUCCACGUUUAGUUAAGAGAUAAUUGGGCUAAAGGACUUAAGAGCCUGUGUAUUGGUUGGGCAUGAUGAAACCCAGUGGGGCGAAUGGAUCAUACAUCAUGGAUGUAUGGAAUGUGAUCCAGAUCUUUCUGACAAACUUGACCUCUCAGACAUUCCGAGAGACUCUCACUUUUGAUCCCCACAUUGUUUAAGGGACAUUACGUGUCUAACGCAGUCUUUUUAAAAUUUGCUCAUUUGGUUAAAGCCAUGUCAGCACAUCUGCCUUAUUCCUCUUUCGAAGCUCACAUUCCAAUGUUAUUUUUGUACAGAUAUCUUUUUGUAUAAUUGUAUUUUUGCACUUUAACCUGAUUAUUGAUUAUUUACAUAUAUCACUGGAUUCCUUAAACUUAUUUUUUUUAAAUAAAUAGUCAUUUUCUAA